AUGAGAGAUUUCUACGUGGAUGAUUUACUCACAGGGACAAACACUGUGGAGGAGGCAAGGAAACAGAAAACGGAACUAAUUCAGCUCCUCUCUGCAGCAGGAAUGAACGUUAGGAAAUGGGCGUCAAAUAACCCAUACGUAUUCGAAGAAUUGAACAAUUCAGAUUUAGAAAGAAUGAUUCAAACAGAUAAAGAUCCAAAGACCUUAGGAUUAUUAUGGGCACCUGCCGCCGACGAACUAAGAUACUCUGUGCAACAGACACCGAAUCCUUCUAUCACGAAAAGGACAAUAUUAUCCACUAUUGCUCAGAUUUUUCACCCAUUAGGCCUCGUUGGCCCAGCGGUAAUUCGUGCUAAGAUUAUUUUGCAAAAUCUGCGGCAAUUAAAACUGGGUUGGGACGAGACUCUACCACAAAAUCUUUAUACCACAUGGAAGGAAUUUCACAGUCAUCUGAGGGCAUUAAAUGAAAUUACGGUACCGCGAUUCGUUCUUGGCGCAAAUAUAGUUACUGUGCAACUCCAUGGAUUCAGUGGUGCCUCUACAGUAGCAUACGGUACUUGUAUAUAUCUACGGUCGUCUGAUAGUGUCGGGAAUCACAAUGUACGUUUGUUGUGCACCAAGUCACAAGUCGCUCCGCUUAAACAAAUCAACUGGCCCCGGCUGGAACUGCAAGCCGCCUUGGUGCUAGCACACCUCAGUGAAACCGUCAGUGCAGCACUCAGCGUGGAAAUCAAGGAAAAAUAUUUUUGGUCCGACUCAACAAUAACUUUGGGCUGGAUUUUGUCAUAUCCUACUCGGUGGCCAACUUCCGUAGCUAACCGGACGAGUGAGAUGCAACGGCUGACUAAUGACAACUGGAAUCACUUCUUAUCCGGGGAAAAUCCAGCUGAUCUCAUUUCUCGCGAAAUCAAUCCAGAAGAUCUUCACGACCAGGAACUUUGGUGGAUGGGCCCGGAUUGA